GAGCCCGGAGCCAGCGCCGCGGGCUGGAGCCGCCAACGCUGCCGCCGCCGCCGAGGCGCUGAGCUUCCCCGCGAGGCGCCGCUGCUCCAGCGCCGCCGAGACGGACCCGGGCGCCGGAGCCCGAGCCGAGGCCGCCGCCGCCGCCGCCCGGGGCUUCGUGCACGGCGGGCCGGGGCCCUGCGUCCGCGCUGCCACCCGGAAAAGUUUCCGCAGCCCGAGCUCCCUGGGAGCUAGUGGCCCUGAGUCCUGCUCCAUCUGGCCCUCCUUGGCUUGGCCACAUGCCCCCACCCACCUACCCCAGGGCUCAGCACACCGAGCAAGAGCCUGGGACCAAAGCCAUUCUGACCAGGCACAGGCAUUGAACAUAUAAGAGGGAAGUGGGAUUCCCCGGGCUCUGCCCGCCCACCCCAUGGAGCUGAGGCCCUGGUUGCAGUGGACGGUAGUGGCAGCUUUGAUUCUGUUGGUUGGAGAGGUCCUCACCCAGAAAGUUUACACCAAUACCUGGGCUGUGUCUAUCCCAGGGGGCCUAACUGAAGCAAACAGAGUGGCCCAAAAGCAUGGAUUCCUCAACCUGGGACCGAUUUUUGGGGACUAUUAUCAUUUCUGGCAUCGGGCAGUAGUGAAACGAUCGCUGUCACCCCACCGUUCCCGUCACAGCCGACUACAGAGGGAACCCAAAGUGCAGUGGCUGGAGCAACAGGUGGCAAAGCGUCGGAAGAAGCGGGAUAUAUUCAUGGAGCCCACUGACCCCAAGUUUCCCCAGCAGUGGUACCUGUCUGGUAUGAAUCAGCGGGACUUGAAUGUUCGAGGGGCCUGGUCCCAAGGCUACACUGGCCGUGGCAUCGUGGUUUCCAUCUUGGAUGAUGGCAUUGAGAAGAACCACCCUGAUCUAGAGGGCAACUAUGAUCCUGGCGCCAGCUUUGAUGUCAAUGACCAGGACCCAGACCCCCAGCCUCGUUACACACAGAUGAAUGACAACAGGCAUGGCACCCGAUGUGCUGGUGAGGUGGCUGCCGUGGCCAAUAAUGGAAUCUGUGGUGUUGGUGUUGCCUACAAUGCCCGAAUUGGAGGUGUGCGCAUGCUCGAUGGAGAGGUGACUGAUGCAGUGGAGGCGCGCUCUCUAGGACUGAAUCCCAACCACAUCCACAUCUACAGUGCCAGCUGGGGCCCUGAGGAUGAUGGAAAAACCGUAGAUGGGCCAGCCCGCUUGGCUGAGGAGGCCUUCUCCCGGGGAGUCAACCAGGGCCGUGGGGGCCUAGGAUCAAUUUUCGUCUGGGCCUCGGGCAACGGGGGCCGGGAGCAUGAUAGCUGCAACUGUGAUGGCUACACCAACAGCAUUUAUACCCUGUCCAUCAGCAGCACAACCCAGUUUGGUAAUGUGCCCUGGUACAGUGAAGCAUGCUCCUCCACCCUCGCCACCACCUACAGCAGCGGCAACCAGAAUGAGAAGCAAAUUGUCACAACAGACCUGAGGCAAAAAUGCACGGAUUCCCACACUGGCACCUCUGCCUCUGCCCCCCUGGCAGCCGGCAUCAUUGCCCUCACCCUGGAGGCCAAUAAGAACCUGACAUGGCGUGACAUGCAGCAUCUGGUGGUCCAGACCUCCAAGCCUGCUCACCUCAAUGCCAAUGACUGGGCUACGAAUGGUGUAGGGCGCAGAGUUAGCCAUUCAUAUGGUUAUGGACUUCUAGAUGCAGGAGCCAUGGUGUCAUUGGCCCGGAACUGGACCACAGUAGGCCCACAGCGAAAGUGCCUCAUCGACAUCCUCACCGAGCCUACGGACAUAGGGAAACGGUUGGAGGUGCGGAGGAAGGUGACUGCCUGCCAGGGAGAGGCUAACCAUAUCACCCGGCUAGAACAUGCCCAGGCCCGACUCACCCUGUCCUACAACCGACGUGGGGACUUGGCCAUUUACCUCGUCAGCCCCAUGGGCACUCGCUCUACCUUGCUGGCUUCCAGACCUCAUGACUACUCAGCUGAUGGGUUUAAUGACUGGGCCUUUAUGACUACCCAUUCCUGGGAUGAGGACCCUGCCGGGGACUGGGUCCUAGAAAUCGAAAACACCAGUGAAGCAAACAACUACGGAACGCUGACCAAAUUCACCCUCGUGCUGUAUGGGACUGCUGCUGAGGAUCCCGAUCUCUCUACGCCAUCUGAGAGCAUUGGCUGCAAGACCUUAGCAUCCAGCCAAACCUGCGUGGUGUGUGAAGAAGGAUUUUCCCUGCAUCAGAAGAACUGUGUGCGGCAUUGUCCCCAAGGAUUCAUCUCACAAGUUGUCAACACACAGUAUGGCAUAGAGAACAGUAUGGAGCCCAUUCACGCCAAUGUCUGUUCCCCUUGCCACCCUUCCUGUGCCACUUGCAAGGGGAUCGAGUCCACAGACUGCCUCAGCUGCCCCAUCUUCUCUGACUACGACCUGGUGGAGUUGACUUGCACCCAACAGAGGCAGGCCACCUUCAAGUCUCCAGGGCUCCCUCAUAAUGAAGGGCUGCUGCCUUCCCACCUCCCCGUAGUUGUUGCAGGCCUGAGCUGCGCCUUCAUUGUUUUGGUCUUCAUCAUUGUCUUCCUAAUCCUUCAGCUACGCUCUGGCUUCAGCUUUCGGGGGGUCAAAGUGUACUCAUUGGACAGUGGCAUCAUAUCCUACAAAGGGCUGCCCCCUGACGCCUGGCAGGAGGAAUGCCCUUCUGAGUCUGAUGAGGACGAGGUCCGGGGAGAGAGGACUGCUUUCAUCAAGGACCAGAGUGCCCUUUGAUGAGCACCAGACCUUCCCCUUCCCCUAUCUGACUCUCCUGGUCACACCUUCCACCUUCCUCCUCGGGCACUUUUUAAUUCACCAAAGUAUUUUUUUAUAUCGGGACUUGGGUCAGGUCCCCCAGCCCAGGGGAGGGUACGGAGUGGUAGGGUCUGCCCACUCCCCUCUCAUGCUAGCUGGGGAGCUCUGAGAUCCUAACCUGCCGCCUCCAAAGUGGGGUAGAGGGCUGGGACACAUACCAGCUUUUUUGUGGGACAAGCUCUGAGGCAGAAGAGGCAGGGGACAAGGGUGGUCUUAGUCAACAGGAGCAAAGUCAGUCUUCAAGGCAUUUCCUACCACCUAGGGGAUUAUGCCACAUCUCUCCCCUACCCCCAAACCCACCUUUGUUGGAGAAGGAAAUGAGACAUUGGGGCAGUGACUGCCCUCCUUUCAGUUUCCAGAUGUACUUAGGAUAAGGCUGCUGUGACAGGGUGGUUUGUGUGGGGAGAGAAGGGAGGGAAAGUAGAUUCUUUGUCACAACCCUCCCUUUUAUAAUUCUUUGGGUACCUCCUGCUUCCCUCUAGGCUCUUUCCAGCUGCUCCAGUUCCUUCUAAAGCAAUAAUGGUCCCAAUCCAGCCAGCAGGAGGCACUGGGCAGCUAUCUGGCAUCUGCCUGGGAGUCUGGGGGUAACUGGAGGAUACCUCUCCAAGGGUUCUUGUCCCCUCCAAUUUUCCAUCCCAGCCUGUGUCCUUCCCCACAAAGCCACAGGCUUUGGUGGCCUGUGCCAUAGAAGUGAUUGUCCUAGGAAGGGACCAAGGAAGGGCAGGUGCUUUCAAGAGUGUGUGUUUGUAUGUGUGUGUAUGUAUGUAUGUAUGUAUGUACCUUCCCUUACCCCUGCCUCUAUGUGUGUUCCUGGACCACCCCAUCCCUCCCGCACACAUCUCUGCACCUUGUGCCUCCAGCACUGCUUCCCAGAAGCCCAGGCGAGCUCAGUACCGUCCACUCAGCCAGGCUGGCAGCAGGUGCCAGGGCACAGCUCCAGCAAUGAGCAGAGCUGGUUGUGUCCGGUUCCAUCCCUCUUCCUGCGCUCCUGCUGUGCAGGGAGACCAGAGGCCCCUUGUACAGCCAGGGACUUUUUCCUUGUUUUCUGAGCCCGGGGCUUUCUGGGCUGUUCCCCCUCACAGCUCUGGAGCCCCUGGGUGGAGGGGAGGGAGAUCAUCCCCAGAACCCUCCCCCCCAUCCUACCUGUUUUUCCCCACCCCACCAAUGCUGCUUUCCCCUGUGGGGAUCUCAGGGGCCGUUCGAGGAUAUAUUUUCACUCUGUGAUUUCACUUUAGAUGCUGAUUUUUUUGUAUUUUUAACUUGGGGUAGCAGCCGGAACACCCACACCGUCUGUCCUGCUGUUCCCCUCCCCACCUCCCUGGCCCUGGUGGGAAAACUGAGUUAUUGAGCUCAGAACAGGGCAUUGGUCAGGGGGAGAAUUGAUGAUAGGGGGUCAUAUGGGGUGGAAGGAGAGAAAGGAGUAUUUUUUUUUUUGUGUUAAGAACAAUGGUUGGUAGUGCCAAGGGCUCAUGGGUCAUUCAUUUCUCCUUGUGCCAGGGCUGAAAAGUGAGGGGGUCGGUAGGCAGUGGCAUAAGGUUUGCCAACCCCCUCCCCACACUGUGCCUAAUGGGAAAAAGCACUGACCUAUUGAGUUUCUUCCCCCCACCCAUACAUCCCAAUCUCCCUCUUCUGAUGUGCCUUUUGCACCUCCCUCUCCUCCCGCCAUUAGGACAAUCAGAAUCAUCUCCCACCUGGGAGUCCUUUCUUUCUCCCCAAUCCCUUAGGAGUUAACCAGCCACCAGGGUGAGAGGCACUCAUCUCUCCCCGCCAGGAACAUGCCUGGUAUUUCCAUCUCCCUCUCCAUUGUCCUCCCAUGGCCAGCCCGGGCUGGUUUUGUAUGAUACCGGGUUUGGUGCACAGUGAUUUUUCUUGUAAUUUAAACAGGCCCAGUGUGGUGGGUUCUAUUUAAUGGACGCGAGAUGAUGUUAGAGGUUUUUAAGUGAUUAAAUGUGCAGACUAUGCAAAA